UGUGUGAACAGAGGGAUGCAGUCAUGUCUCUGUGAGAGGGAGCAGCACAGCAACGGUAACCAUGCUGAGCCCCAAGAUAAAACAGGCACGCCGGGCACGGUCCAAGAGCAUGGUGCUUGGAGAGCUGUCUCGGGUGUCCAGGCCCUGCUCGCCUCUGGAUCAGGAGAAAGCACUGAAGGCAGGCUGGCUGAAGAGGCAGCGGAGUAUCAUGAAAAACUGGCAGCUGCGUUGGUUUGUCCUGCGGACUGAAGCUCUGUAUUUCUACAAGGACCAGGAUGAGACCAAGGCACAGGGUUGUAUUCCUCUUCAGGGCAGUCAGGUCAAUGAGCUGCCUGCCAAUCAGGAUGAGCCUGGUCGCCACCUUUUUGAAAUAGUUCCAGGGGGCGCUGGAGAAAAAGAUCGGACAGGUUUAAGCCAUGAAUCAUUCCUGCUGAUGGCCAACUCUCAGAGUGACAUGGAAGAAUGGGUCAGAGCCAUACGCAGAGUCAUAUGGGCUCCACUUGGAGGAGGCGUCUUUGGGCAGCACCUAGAGGAGACAAUGUUGUACGAGGCUCAGUGUGGCCCCCAGCGACUGGUGCCCGUGCUGGUCGAGCAGUGUGCGUGUUUCAUACGUGAGCACGGGCUGGAGGAGGAAGGUCUUUUCAGGGCCCCCGGACAGACCAAUCAUGUUCGAGAGCUACAGGAUGCGUUUGACCGUGGCGAGAAGCCGGUGUUUGACAGUACCACAGAUGUCCACACAGUGGCAUCACUGCUAAAGCUGUACAUACGGGAGCUGCCAGAGCCUAUAAUCCCAUUCUCCAAAUACACACAGUUUCUCUCUUGUGCUCAGCUACUUACCAAGGAUAAAGAAAUGGGUAUCAUAGAGCUUGGCAAACAGGUGAAAUCCCUUCCUCAGGUCAACUAUAACAUCCUUAAAUACAUCUGCAGGUUCCUUGAUGAGGUUCAGUCUCACUCCAGUGAGAAUAAGAUGAGUGUUCAGAAUCUGGCCACUGUGUUUGGACCCAAUAUCCUUCGACCCAGAGUGGAGGAUCCAGUUACCAUGAUGGAGGGAAGUUCACAGGUGCAGCACCUGAUGACUGUGCUGAUCAGUGAACACUCCCGACUUUAUCAACGUGAGGAGCCAGAAACAGAGACCAAGAUCUCCCCGCAGCAACAGCUGAGUCCUCUCGAACGGUGCAAGGUAGAGUGGUUCUCACAAGAAAACACUGACCCCCCACCCUCCUCAGGCACAGGCUCCAAAUCUCCUAAAGAGAAACUCCAAUCUUCCACCCCUUCUUCAGACAGUAAGCCGACCACUCCAAGCCCCAGUACAACAUUGGAGAAAGGUGAGGAUGUUCAGCUUGAAGGGAAGGGCAAAAGUAAAUCAGAGGAGAAAAUGGACGGAAAAGGAGACAGCAAAAUUGAGGGGAGAAGUGGAAGUGAAGUAGCUGUUAGCCCCAGUAAACAGUCUAAAGCCCUGCCCUCCUGGAGGUGCUCCUUCAAGGGCAGUGCAGCAUCUGGGGGGUCGAGGGGGAAAUUAGGGGGAUCGGCGGGAGAUGUGUCAGCAGCUGGUGGGAGCAACUGGCUGAUGAAUGGCCUGUCAUCCCUCCGAGCUCACAGGCGCACCACCUCAUCUGGUGAAAGACUGAAAGACUCUACUCUGUCUCUGAAGGAUUCAACCCUCUCCCUCAAAGAGACCACUCUUUCACUCAAGGACUCACAGAGAGACUCUGAUGAAGACUCCUCUCGAACAUCCCUGUCUCACAGAGCCCUCCACCAAUCCCACAGACUGUCUGCCUAUGACAAUGUUGCCCCCUCCAGUCUAAGCCUGCCUGCUGACACCUCCUCAAUCUGGACGUCCUUUGAGAUCUCACUGGCCGAGCCAGAGGGAAGUGACAAAGCAGUAAAAGCGGGGCAGGGUCAAGAGAGACCCACAGAGGUGACGGACAGUACAAAUACUCCGGAUCACAGUGCAAGUGGGACUGAGGAUGAUCUCACUGGGACAAACGAAGGUCUCACCAACAUGCUGACCGAGCUCAAACUGGAGCUGAAGAAACAGAGGACAAGCUAUGAAAGCUGCAUUCGCAAGUUGGAAGAGUCCUGCUCUAAGUACCAGUCCCAGGUAAACCAUCUCGAGGAGGACCUGGACCAGGAGAAGAAGAAGUUCCAGAUGCUGGAGAUCCGACUCAGGAACUCGGAGCGGGCACAUCAAGACGCAGAGAACCGAAACAUUCUCCUCCAGCAGGAGAUGGAGGAGUUCUUUAAAACCCUUGGAGAUCUGACCACAGGAGCAGCACGGACCAACUAGACCAGACCAACCUGCCUUCAUCUGGUCCAUCAGAGGAG